CGCAGGCGCAGUGGCGACGGACGGCCGGUGGUGCGCGGAGACGGUUUGUCUAUCGUCGUCAGAGACCAAGCGGUUGUGUGUUUGUGAGCGUCAGCAAAUCCUCGAGAACACAGAGAGGACAGCAGAGCAGAGCAGAGCAUCGGGGGAACUUUCCUGAAGAAGUAAAGGUGACAAAGUGAUUUGCGAGUCAAAGUAGAGUUCACAAAUUCUGCAGGCUUUCCAGUAAUGUCUAUGCGCUUGGUUCUUGAUUACCGUCCAUAUGUUCUGAACAGUGAAACAAAUCUUUGGUUCAACAGUUAUCCAAAAGAAGAGUACUGUUCUUCUCAUCCUUUAAGGAUUAAUUCACAAACAUAUAAUAAGAAACCACUUUAUGCAAGCAGCAAAUCUAAAGAAAGAACUUCUUCCCUGAAAUACAGUUGGUGCAAAUGGAGCAGGAAGCACGCAUCACGUUUUACUAACAGCAACAAUUGUCAAAAACACACAUUUCCGUUGCACAAGCAGAACACUACAAAGGGCACCAUACCCCAAGACAUUGCAUGUCGCGAAUCAAGAGUACCUUCAACACUGUUUCAAAAGCUGUCAGCAGCACACACACUGAGCUCAUUGGGAAGCUAGUCCGAUUGAAACCCAGUCUAAAUGUUGCAGGGAAAACUUCAGAAGUUGAGACUCAGGUGAAGUGUGAAACUUCCAAUCAGUUGACUACCUCUAAUUCCAGUGAAGCUCAGGAUAAUUCGGGCAACAACCAGAUUUUAGAAACCGUCAGUAAGUCACAGGGCACUUCACCUGUUGCUGCUGGACCUAAAGUUAAUAAUUCUGACCAGAAACCACCUUGUAACUGUGCAGCUGGUAAUAAAAAUGAUGGAAGAUCAAGUCUUUUUCAUUCCAGCUAUAUCACUACCAAUUUUGAAGAAACGUAUAACUUUGUGGCGACCCAUGUCAACAGUUAUUUUGGGAGUGCAGCACAGAUGGAUCUAGAAAAGGCCAAAAAGACACAUUUAUUGCAUUCAAAGAAAUGGGGUGGGUCAACUGUGGCAAUGUCAGAAUCUUUCAAAUUCAAGGCUGACAGAGAACAUAAUGAACAAACUACUGAUCACAAACUAGACAAUCAAGGGUUGAAUGAUUCCAUUGCCAGUUCUUCUGUCUUGACUGAAUCUGGUCCACCUACGAUACCACCAUCUUCAAAAAAGAGUCUUGUACGCUUACUUUCAAAGCCAACCAACAGUGUACAGGCGUUUGUGGACAGCUAUUUCAGCAACUUGGUGCCAAAGUUGCGAACUGAAAUGAAAGGGAAUGCUGAAGUGCUGAAUAAAGAAUCUGAGUGUGAAAAUAAAGGAAAAUCUGUUGAACAGGACAAGUCAAAAGAGUCCAAGGCAGUGGAGGAGAAAGUGAAGCAUCUCUCUCUUCAGAGGGAAAAGAUCAUUGCUAAGGUCAGUGUGGACAACCGGACCAGAGGGUUGGUCCAAGCACUGCAUAGAGCCUCCGAUGUCAGGGUCUACAUUAAUCGGGUAGAAGAGUUGAAUUAUCACCUACUGGAAUUUCCUGAAACCAGGACCAUGGCUGUCAAGGAGAAAGUUAUCCCCUGCUUGUUGCGUCUCAGGCAGGUAAGCGAUGAAGUACUUCAGGAAACUGUCAGGGAAGCUCUGGCUUUGGUUGGAUAUACAGAUCCCGUCAAGGGCCAUGGCAUUCGAGUCCUGUCAAUUGAUGGAGGAGGAACGAGGGGUCUGGUUGCUCUUCAGACUCUGCGACAACUGGAACAGCUUACUGGCAAACCAGUUUAUCAACUCUUUGACUAUAUAUGUGGAGUCAGUACAGGUGCAAUAUUAGCCUUUAUGUUGGGAUUGUUCCACAUCUCGUUGGACGAAUGUGAGGAAAUGUACCACAAGCUGGGGUCAGAUGUAUUCAAGCAGAAUGUCAUAGUGGGAACAAUGAAAAUGAGCUGGAGCCAUGCCUUUUAUGAGAGUGAACCCUGGGAAAAAAUACUGAAGGAAAGAAUGAGUGAGAAUUUAAUGAUUCAAACUGCAAGGGAUCAGAACAGUAUUAAAGUGGCUGCUGUAAGCACAAUAGUGAACAAAGGGACACCUCUGAAAGCAUUUGUCUUCAGGAACUACAACCACUUGCCCAGUGUGAGGUCGCACUAUAUGGGAGGCUGUCAAUCUAAACUUUGGCAGGCAAUCAGAGCGUCCUCAGCUGCACCAGGCUAUUUUCAAGAAUAUGCAAUAGGCAGUGACCUUCAUCAGGAUGGCGGUUUGCUUAUUAACAAUCCUUGUGCAUUGGCUAUACAUGAGUGCAAGUGUCUGUGGCCAAACACACCACUUCAGUGCGUAAUCUCUCUCGGAACAGGACGCUACGAAACCUUGGGGAAAAACAGUGCAACCUACACAAGCCUCAAAACUAAACUGACUAAUGUUAUCAGCAGUGCAACUGAUACAGAAGAAGUUCACACCAUGCUUGACGCUCUUUUACCUCCAAAUACCUACUUCCGGUUCAACCCCUUUAUGAGUGAGGAUGUGGUCCUUGACGAGAGCCGCAGGGAGAAACUGAACCAAUUGCAAAUGGACGGAACCCGGUAUCUCGAACGAAAUGAACUCAAGCUGAAGAAAGCUGCCGAGGUACUCUGUCAAGAGAAGGGCACAUUUCAAAAGAUGUACGACUGGUUCAAAUUGAAGGCAGACAUGUAUGAUGGUCUUCCUCUAACUUCUAAACUAUAAAAAGUUUGGAUUCCAUUCCAAGAGCUCUUUCAGUCUAAUUCUGCCAGUACUGAUAAAUCUAACCGGUCUAUGAAAGCUGAGGCGUCAUAAGGAGUAGAUUAAAUUUAGAAAGUAAUACUCUUAGUGCAAGUGUAUAUAAAGAAACAUCGACUGGGUUCUGGAUUAAACGCUACUCAUUCUCUCAUCA